AUGGUCUGCUCGCCAGGACUUCGAUGGUUCCUACUUACCACUCUAUUGCACACUGUCGCACCCCUGGACAUCCGCGAGAGACCAAGGCAAUGUGACCCACCGAAGUCGGUGAGUUGUGCUCGGUCAUUACAGCUACAUGGUCUUUACCUGUUUCAGGAAUGUCUUAAGGCAAUGUCAAACAUGAAGAUAUCCUUCAAUGGAUAGCCGUCUAGCGAAAUAUUUUAAGUUAAUUGCAAAUGUCGGCCUAUGUGUCUAGCCUAGCCUAUAACUGGCCCAAUAGGCUACCGCAAAUAAUAAAACAAAAUAAAAAUAAAAGGCUGUCCUGUUUCUGAGUAAAAUAAAUGCACUUUGCUUAGACAGUGUUCCUGAAUGAGUUUUUUCUAUGUGCAACGGUAGGCCUAUAGCAAAAAAGUGAGAUAUUGUGUUGUUAUUGGGUUUUGUGUAACAACCAAAUUAACAAUAACAAUAGCAACUUUGAGUUUUAUUGUCAUUGAAAUAUUGACAUGCUAUAAUAACUACCUACACGUGUAACAAGAACAAUAAUUUUGUUUAUAGCAACUUUAUUAGGCUACCCUAUUAUAGUCUAUUAUAGCACAUGUAUUAUUAUUAUUAGUAGUAGAUGUAGUAGUAGGUUAUUAUUAUUAUUAGUAGUAGUAGUAGUAGAAGUAGUAGGUUAUUAAUAUGAUUAUUAUUAGGUUAUUAUUAUGUCAUCAUACUUUAUUAGGAUAAUCCAUUAUUUCAAGGCUUCCUAGAAUUGAAACAUUUUCCAAUCAGCAAAGUUGCUUCCAAUGGCACCUCUGAAAAUAAUUUAUGUUACUUGACAUAUUCCUGAGUUUCCUCACAGAAAUCUGGGCUUGAAAAAAUGGAAGCAGUUGCUAAGCGAAACAUCGUUCUCGUCCGCCAUGUGACAAAAGAAAGUGGGGAACACCCACGGGUGAUUUAACUUCACAUACAUUUAUUUGUAAAAGUUUCACUGACCUUUCAAAACUGAUCUAGUUUCAAAUAAACACGAUCAGAAGGAACUUAAUUAGAAUCAUGACUGGACACAGUGCGUGCCGCACGCGCACAUCGCUGGCUUGGACAUGCUACAAAUUCCCAGAUAGAAACGCAAUACAUCUGAGCUGAAAUUGCAUGACCCCAGCACUAACGUUAAUUACAGAUCAUUUUAACCGGGCAUGAUGUUAUCUAUUAAUAAAAUACAAAUGUUAGAAUACAUUAUUGAAAAUAUUUAUCAGGGAUGACUUGAUAGCGUUGCAACAACAUAGUCCACAAAAUGAUUGUAUUUUUGGUAUUGUUAAUCUGUUUCAUUAUCUGUGAUAAUGGCAUUGUUGUCAGAGAUUAACUGCAGAAGUGUUCCCCCUUCGUGUGAUUUCUAAUACGUCAGUACAGAGCUCCCUGUUUUGUGUCAAAAGUAAUUAAUUACCCAAUAAAAUUGAGCUGUUCACGUCAGUGCUCCAGCGCGAGCGCUCAUAGAAAACACCGCGCAACGCGAGGAGAGAGCCUUUCCUCAGGACUCUGCUCCGCCUAGUCAACGAGUUCAACUAUCCUUAUUCGAUCGGACAGAAGUCUCCGUGAAUUUGACGAACAUACUUUGACAAGUUAAUGAUUAAGUUGUCAAAAUAUAAUCAAACUAUGAUGGUUAGAGAGGGGGCAUCAUCCGUGCAUUUAUUUGAUGUACUUAGGCUAUGUGAAUGUCCAAUGUGAAAAUAAUUUGUGUGUGAGAUGAUGUGCAAACAUUUCAGUAAAAAACUAUGCUCAAUACAAAGAUUGUGCCAGACAAUUAUGCUAAUUUAAUUUAUGAAUUGAAAUACAGCAGGAGCAUGUGAAGUUAAUAACAUUAUAUGUACUACUAAGCCUACCAAAUGCUUCUAUUUAAUUGCUUCCUUUCCCAUAGACCAGGCUUUCCAUUUGGUUUAAUAACACUGAAGUGGCUUUCUCUUUGGUCCAAUGUCAGUGUACUAUACUAUCAACGACAAUGAAAAUAGAUCAAUUUGAACAGAAGCAAGCAUUUCACAAAAUAAUAGUUUGUUGUGCAAUGCAUAAAUCUCUCUAAGAACUACUUUGAUAGCCACUUGGAUCAUUUCAUAGUUAUGUUGCUUGUUUACAUUUUUCCUCAUUCCCAUCAAAACAGCAUCUCAAUGAUUUGCAUUAUGUUUUGCAGAGCUAUGAUCUAUAAAUGUUUGUGGAAAGAGGGAAUAAUCGACCCUUAUGAAAUCCCUGGAAUGUUAAUGAACUGCAAGAAAUAGACACAUACACAUUGCUUUUUCCAUUUGAUCAGAAUUUUAUAGUGUUCAGUAAACCAGAUACAUUAGCCACGUCUGACCAAAUUUUCAGCAAAGGCCUAUGUGUGUGCAUUUUGUUGUUUGUGUAGGCUAUCUGUUCCAAUGACUUUUGCAACAUCAACAAAAAAUCCUCAAGGAAACCAUAUCCCAGAUAGGUGGAUUGCAGCAGUUUUAUAUGGUUCAUUAUGUUUAUACUGCUGUAGCAACACUUGAAAAGCUUUCCAGCUUCACAGAGGCAUUGGCAGCACAGCUAUGCACCUUGACAAUACACUGGGGUCUCUUUACAAGGAGAAAGCUUCACUAUAAACUCACUGCCUCAGAAUAGCAGACAGACAGAGAGCAGCAUAGUACAGCACAGUGGAAGCUAGCUAACAGGGUUUCAUUGGGUCCCCUGUCUGUAUCUGGAGAUGACAUUUCAACAGAUUCUAUUGCAUUGACCUGUAUCUCAGCCAGAUGUACUAAAAAGGCUGUUUUUAAUCUCUUAAUCACAAAAAGUAGUUUUCAAUUUACUAUUGUAGAUAGCCUUUACUCAGAAGGUUAUGAUACUGUAUUCCUAAUGCUGAUUGUCAUAAUCUCUCUCUCUCAUCUCCUCCUCCUCCUCCUCCUCCUCCCCCCCCUCCAACCCCCAUCCACCCCCAUAGCAAAGUGACAUGAACUCAUUCCUCUGGACAGUGAAGCACCCAGCUCCCUACCCUCCAUCCUAUCUUUUCGGGACCAUCCAUGUUCCCUACACCCGUGUAUGGGACUUUAUCCCAGACGUCUCCAAACGGGCCUUCCAGACCAGCGGAAAUGUAUUCUUCGAGCUGGACCUGACCGACCCCCUGACGAUCUCCAAGCUGACCAGCUGCCAGCUGCUGCCCCACGGGGAGAACCUGCAGACCCUGCUGCCCCGGGACCUGUACCGCCGCCUCAAACGCCACCUGGACUACGUUAAGCACAUGAUGCCCUACUGGAUGACGGCGGACCAGCGGGGUCGAGGGCUGUAUGCUGACUACCUCUUCAACGCCAUCGCAGGGAACUGGGAGAGGAAGAGGCCUGUCUGGGUGAUGCUGAUGGUCAACUCUCUGACGGAGUCGGACGUGAGGUCGCGGGGUAUCCCCGUACUGGACCUGUUCCUGGCCCAGGAGGCCGACCGCAUGGGGAAGAGGACAGGAGCGGUGGAGCGGGUGGAGGAGCAGUGUCACCCCCUCAACGGACUCAACUUCUCCCAGGUAAGAGAUGGGGCUACAUGGAGGGGGUGGGGGUUGGACAUGAUCAUUGGAGUUAGAUAUGAUUGUUGGAUUCAAUUUGUUGGCGGCUGGGGGCAGGGGAUUUAG